AGUACAUAAACUCUACAGUAUUGAGGGUUUUGCGGAUGUUUGUGGAACCAGCAGAAGUCCUGGGGCCAUGGCAGGUGAGAUUCACACAGGACACCUUCUGGGGGAAAUGGGACAGGAGCUGAGGGCAGAGCGAAAGCCAGGGGCCAGUGUGGGGAAAUGAGGACCCCAGAUGCAUGACCUCCAGGGUCCAGUCUCAGCAGCAACCCCCUGGGGAGGCCCCUCAGGAUGGGGCUCAGUUUCCACGGACAGACGGUUCUCUUGCAGGGCUGUGCGCUGGCCAAGGAAGCAGGGGGACUGACGAGCCCCUUCCCAAGCCCACCCUCAGGGCCUGGCCCAGCUGGGUGGUGCCGCCCAGAAGCAGUGUAAGGCUGCAGUGCCAGACCCCGACCAAGGAUGUCGACUUUGUUCUCAAAAAGGGUAUUGUUGUUUUGGACUUUUCACGAUCACCGGCUUCCAAGGAGGGCCUGGCUGAAUUUCACCUCACUGACCUAAGAACCAGCGAUGCUGGAGACUACACCUGUGAGUGCUACAGACCAGGGGCCCCGGACAUCAGAUCACCGCCCAGUGAGGUCAUCCUGCUGCUGGUGACAGGAGGUCUCCCUAAACCUUCCCUGCAAGCCCACCGAAGGGGUGUGGUGGCCGCAGGAGACGACGUGACCCUGCAGUGCCAGAGGCCAGACAAUACUUUCGGGCCCAUGAGGUUCGCCCUGCUGAAGGCGGGAGCGGCAGAGCCCAUCCGGCUCCGGACCCCAGCCGGCCAGGAGGCGGACUUCCCCCUGCGGACUGUGACGGUCGGUGACGCCGGGAACUACAGCUGUGUCUACUUGCAGACCGGGACUCCUUUCUGGGCCUCACAGCCUAGCGAUCGUCUUGAGAUUCGGGUGAGAGGUGAGGUUUUGCACGAUUUUUCAGAAGUUGGAGAAAGUCAAUUCAUUUCUUCAUCAGCUUGUUUUUAUUUUGGCUGUUCUGCUUGCUUUCCCAGUUGGGUGGACCCAUCACUGACUUACAACACUAUCAGUUUAAGGUGAACGACGUGCUCUUUUUUCUACCUGGAGAGCGUUGCUUCUGUUCCUUUCUGAUUCUUCUCUCUCUUCUGACUUUACCGUCAUCUCCUUCUCACACCUGCCCUUUCCUAACCUCUAGUCUUUGGCCUUUGUUGUUCUGUAUUCCUGGAGAAUUUCUCAAGUUGUUCUUGCAAACGAUCCGUCCCGCCAACCGUCAGCGUCCCUUCCCCUACCCUUUGCGUCUCUUAGACUUGUGGGUCGUCCCGGUGAUGGCAGCCUCAUGGCUUGCGGUCUCGUUCUUAGUGCGCGCUGCUGCCCCGGCCGCCGGCUUCCGGGUCACCCGUGGAGGAUCUUUCACAACCAUCUUGUGUGUCUGGCCAGAACUUGGCUUCCUCGGAUGCCACACCCCGUGCUUCUGUGGCACCGUAGACGUGUGCAUGUGAGCCGUGGUGGCCCAUCGCCCUCUGGUUGGAAAGCAGGGACCGUGCAGCCAGCGCAGACAGGUGCAGAGGGCGCCCUGGGCUCCGCGACGUCACCACGGGUUCCUCCC